AUGCUGAACUUGGACUGCAAGGAGCAUGACGAGCAGAUGGCGGCUCUGGCUACCCUUUGUCUGUGGAUACUUAUUCACUUCGUCACCGGAACGCCAGGGGCCUGGCGGGAGGUCAUCAAGGUGACCAGUAACCUCCUCGAGAAGGUCGACAUACAUACCUGGAAUCUGUCGACUACUGCUGCACUGACAUAUCAAUCAUUUUCAUCUUCUUUUGCAUUAGUCCAGACUCAGUACCUCGGACGACUGGAGUUUCCCGCCUCUUUAAAGACCAGUUUACCGGGUGUAGAAAUGUCCAAGAGCCAGAUUAUGCCAGCACAAUCUCUUGAGCUGGUUUCUUCCUUCAACACGAAACUCCUGCAAAAGCCUUGCCUGGCGCCAGAUGAGCUUGAUCAACUAGAGAUCGAGUUCGCUCUUUCUACACCUGAGCCAUCGACGGAUUUCGAUAUUGGAAACCCAGACUCGGCCAUGGUGCACCAUCACCGCUCGCUGUUUUACUAUGCUAGCUUGCUCUAUUUCAGGUGCAACUCUGGUAGACGGGGCCCUGAGCAGGAGAUUCAGGAUUUGGUAGCUAGGUGCCUGGACCAUAUGGAGCAACUCCAGAUGCUCCAAAAACAUAGUAGUCCUAAUACGUGGAUAUACGCAGCAGUUGCAUUCGAGGCUGCAACGCCAGAGCUGCGGUACAGAAUGAGGUGCUUGUUCUCGGAGAGAAAGUCGCUGGGUAUUGCUACUUGGGACACAUUGCUUCUCUUAGUUGAAGAGGUCUGGAUGCGCCGUGACAAUGCGCAUCCCGAGGUUGCACCAGAGCCUUGGACUCGCAUCGUAGCGGCUUUGCCGGAGCACGAUGUAAUACUAUAUUGA